AAGUCUACGCAUACAUACAGAUCAACAGCAGUCAUAAUUCACGCAAAGCUUUUGUUUUGGAAAUACAUUUAGGUGUUCAAGUUGACAAUUAAUGUCAAAAAUUUCGUGCAUACAGAAUGUUACAGUUACGGAAAAUACAUAUCAACAACUAAAUUGAUUCCUGCAACUGAAAGUAUUAAAGCAACCAGUAAUCAUGGAUCCAAUGUUUCUACCAUAUUCACCUUCAAAUGGGGUUCCUCAAGAAUCCAAAUUAGCUACUUACAUGCAAAAUCGGCAAAGUACAAGCACUCCAGUUGGUGUUGUUAACAAUUUAAAUCAAAAUUUUCAAAAAAUUAGUUUGGGAUCACCGAUAGCUGUCAAAAAAGGAGUACCUGCAUCUCCAGAAUUUGUACCUUCAAAUCGAAAUUCGAAUAUUUCUUCAUCGCCCAAUGUUUUUAAUACAUUUUCUGCAUUAGGUGGAUCUGUUGUUGGUCCAGGUGGUUAUACACGUAAUUGUGUAGAAAGUCCACAAAGUGUUACAUGCUCACCUCGUCUUACACCACAAUCAUCGCCUCCGCCCAAUGCACUUAAUAACAGUUCACCUACGUUCGAAAAGAAUAAUUCAGCAACAACAACUUAUCAGGAAAACGUCGGCGGCACAACGUACUUUUAUUCGACAUCAAGUGGUGAUAAUUUAUCAUUGAGCACGACCGGCAACAUGACUGCAGGAACGACAGGAAUUGCAGGAACUACUACUUAUCAAGUAUAUCCAGGAACACCCAGUCAUCUGAGCACUCUUAAAUCAAAAAAUACAUCCUCACCAUUCUUUGUGUCCGAGGACAUACGAAACGAAAUACUCAAUAAAAAUGCAUUAACAUUAACCCAAUCAGACCCUGAACAAUUUCCAGAUUUGCCGAAUGAAGUCGAUAAUUAUCAUGAUUUAUGCCCUUUGGAAUCAAUUCCUUCCGGUCCAAUGCACAAAGCACAACUUUUGGGAUAUCCUACAUCAACGUACAAAGCAACAAAUAUUAAAACAGGUGUACGAUACUGUUUACGGCGAAUACAUGGUUUUCGAUUACAAAAUACAAAAUGUAUGGUGUUUGUUGACAUGUGGAAGAGACUUUAUCAUUCCAAUGUAGUGCAACUGAGAGAAGUGUUUACUACGAAAGCAUUUGGAGAUAAUUCCAUGGUUUUUGUUUACGAUUAUCAUCCGGGCUCAGAAACAUUACUAUCUAAGCAUUUUUUAGCAACAGAAAAUUUAAAUGGUUAUUCAGAUCCAUUUUCAUCUGAUACAAAUGCUCCACGUCCAUACAGUCACGCAAAAAAUACAAUACUCCGUCACCAACAAAAUAAUAAACUUCCGGAACCUAUAAUAUGGAAUUAUGUGAUACAAUUAACUUCUGCGCUACGAGUGAUACAUGCUGCGGGUCUAGCAUGUAGAACAUUAGAUCCAACGAAAAUAAUAUUGACCGGUCGAUCGAGAUUACGAUUGAGUUGUUUAGCAAUAACAGAUGUCUUAACAUUUGAUUCAAAUGCAGCAAAUCCUCUUGCAUUAAUACCACAUUAUCAACAAGAAGAUUUGAAUGCACUUGGUAAAUUGGUGCUUGCCUUAGCUUGUAAAUCUUUAAUGGCGAUUCAACGUGAAAAUAUUUCAUCAUCUUUGGAAUUAGUUUCAAGAAUAUAUACCUCUGAUUUGCGAAAUUUGAUUAUGUAUUUGCUGUCGACCCAACAGCGAAGAACAGUAACUGAUUUAAUGCCAAUGAUUGGUGCAAGGUUUUAUACACAAUUAGAUGCAUUGCAAUUACGUACAGACUUGAUGGAGAAUGAAAUAUCAAAGGAAAUGGAAAACGGACGACUAUUUCGAUUAUUAGUAAAAUUAGGAACAAUAAACGAGCGGCCAGAACUUAAUUUAGAUGGAACAUGGGCAGAAACUGGAGAUCGAUAUAUGUUAAAACUGUUCAGAGACUAUGUAUUUCACCAGGUUACAGAAGAUGGUCGACCGUGGCUGGAUAUGUCUCAUGUUGUUCAGUGCCUCAAUAAACUUGAUGCUGGUGUCCCAGAAAAGGUUUGCCUUAUGUCCCGAGAUGAGCAAAGCAUUUUGGUUGUAAGUUAUGCUGAAUUAAAACAUUGUCUGGAGCAAUCCUUUGAUGAAAUAGUGGCAACAGCAAAUGGUGGAACAUCAUCUGAAGCUUUAACGUAGAAUAUAGAGUUAGGCGACAACGCCAAUAUUCCGAUAUUGCACGCUGCAACAACAUUACUAUCAACUACAAUUAAAAUGGGGAAUUAUGUAAAAAAUAAAAGUAAUAGAAGCAAUUUUAAUCGUACGAUUGCUACUGUGUUGUGUAGAAUCCGUGUUUUGUGAUAUAUAUAUAUUCAAUUUGAUUGUCAUCUCAAGAUAUCGUUUAUACA